CAAUCAGUCGAACAAAACCCUUUGUAUCACUCUUCUUCCGUACGCUCUCUGCAUAUUCAUUCGUUCGUUCGUGUGUUCCAAUAUGAGCAGCAGUUGGAGAACCCUAAUUCUAAGAAUCGGCGAGAAAUCCCCUGAAUACGGUGGAGUUAUCGAUUUCAAAGACCACAUUGAUGCCUGCUUCGGUGCUGUUCGUCGUGAAUUAGAUCAUUCUCAUGACGAUAUCUUAACUUUUCUUCUACAAUGUUCAGAGCAACUGCCUCACAAGAUUCCUUUGUAUGGAACAUUGAUUGGGCUGUUGAAUUUGGAGGACGAGGAUUUUGUUAAGAAAGUGUUGGAGAGUACUCAAAAUAGUUUGCAGGAUGCAUUGGACUCCGGGGAUUGCAACAAGAUUCGUGUAACAAUGCGGUUUUUAACUGUUUUGAUGUGUAGCAAAGUGAUCCAACCUAGCUCACUAGUGGUGAUAUUCGAAACAUUAUUAUCAUCCGCUGCAACCAUUGUGGACGAUGAAAAAGGGAACCCUUCAUGGCAAGCGCGUGCUGAUUUCUACAUUACCUGUAUUCUUUCCUGCCUUCCUUGGGGUGGUGCUGAACUUGUUGAGCAAAUUCCCGAAGAAGUUGAAAGAGUUAUGGUUGGGAUAGAAGCCUAUUUAAGUAUCAGAAGACGUGUUUCUGAUGUCGGUCUAUCUGUGUUUGAGGAUAUCAACAAAAGCAACAAACUUCUUGUUGAACAGGAUUUUGUGGAAGACUUAUGGAGUCGAAUUCAAGAUCUCGCCAAGAACAGCUGGAAACUCGAGAGUGUUCCAAGGCCACAUCUUCUCUAUGAAGCACAACUAGUAGCAGGGAAAUCUCAUGAUUUUGGACCAAUCGUUUGUCAGGAGCAACCUGAUAACCCUGUGGAACUUUCUAGAAUCAAUUUCGGUAGACAAAGACACGAGGCAGAAUUGAAAUAUCCUCAGAGAAUACGUAGGCUCAAUAUAUUUUCCGCUAGCAAAAUUGAGGAUUUACAACCUAUAGACCGUUUUGUUGUGGAAGAGUAUUUAUUGGAUGUGCUCUUUUAUCUAAACGGAUGUCGAAAGGAAUGUGCUGCAUGCAUGGUUGGUCUACCUGUCCCUUUCAGAUAUGAAUAUCUCAUGGCCGAAACCAUUUUUUCUCAGCUUCUUCUAUUGCCUCAGCCACCGUUUAAGCCCAUAUAUUACACGCUUGUCAUAAUAGACCUUUGUAAGUCUCUUCCAGGUGCUUUUCCUGCAGUUGUAGCUGGGGCUGUGCGGGCCCUAUUUGAUAGGAUAAGUGAGUUAGACAUGGAUUGUAGGACCCGUCUCAUUCUUUGGUUCUCACAUCACUUAUCAAACUUUCAAUUCAUCUGGCCAUGGGAAGAAUGGGCUUAUGUCUUGGAUCUUCCAAAAUGGGCCCCACAACGUGUGUUUGUUCAGGAGGUUCUUGAUAGGGAAGUCCGUUUAUCAUACUGGGACAAAGUGAAGCAGAGCAUUGAAAGUACUCCGGCUUUAGAGGAGUUACUUCCUCCGAAAGGUGGUCCCGACUUCCGAUACAUCUCAGACGAUGGUGAUAAAACCGAAUACACACUUUCAAAAGAACUCAACAGUAUGGUAAAAGGAAGAAAAACCGCACGCGAAAUUAUUAUUUGGCUCGAAGAAACCGUAAUCCCAGUCAACGGACUAGAUGUUUGUCUAAGAGUCGUUGUGCAAACCCUUUUGGAUAUUGGAUCAAAAAGCUUUACUCAUUUGAUUACUGUGUUAGAGAGAUACGGACAAGUUAUCGCCAAAAUUUGUCCAAACGAAGAAACACAAAUUAUGCUAAUAUCCGAAGUCAGUUCGUUUUGGAAAAACGGUGCUCAAACAACCGCCAUAACCAUCGACAGAAUGAUGGGUUAUCGGUUAAUUUCUAAUUUAGCUAUUGUGAAAUGGGUUUUUUCUCCGUCAAAUAUUGACCUAUUUCACACCACCGAUCGUUUGUGGGAGAUUCUCAGAAAUGCUCUGAAUAAGACGUAUAAUCGUAUUUCUGAUUUAAGAAAAGAGAUGGCUAAUUUGAAAAAGAGUGUUGUAAAAGCCGAGAAAAUUGCAGCCAUGGCUAAAGCUGAGCUGGAUGGUGCUGAAAGUAAGCUUAUGCUUGUGGAUAAUGAGCCUGUUGUUGGUGAACAUCCAGCUAAGAUGAAACGUUUGAUUUCAAAUGCUGAAAAGACAAAAGCGGAUGAGGUGUCUGCUCGUGAAUCUUUAGAGUCAAAGGAGGCUCUUUUUGCACGAGCUCUUGAAGAAAAUGAGGCCUUGUUUCUGUCGUUAUACAAAAAUUUCUCGACUGUUUUGAUGGAACGUCUUCAUGAAACAUUUGGAGAGAAAACCUUGGACCACAAGGAUGGUGAUUCAGAAGCAAUGGCCGUUGAUGAAGAUGACACUUCUGCAAUGGAGACGGAUAAAGAAAAUGGAAAUUCCAAGAGAAACUCCGGAUAUAUCAUUGGGGAGAAAGAACAAUGGUGUUUGUCAACUCUGGGCUAUGUCAAGGCUUUUUCAAGGCAAUAUGCUUCUGAGAUAUGGCCACACAUGGAUAAGUUAGAGGAGGAAGUAGUAACCGAAAGCGUUCAUCCUCUGUUCAGAAAAGCAGUUUAUUCUGGCUUGCGCCUGCAAGUCGAUCAAUGAUUCAAAGUAUUUUUUUUUUGUUGUUUUUGCAUAAAGUUAUUAAAUUGUGGACAUGAGUUGCAAAUUCUGUAGUGAGGUUGGUUGGUUGGUUGUACCAAAUGUAUGAGUAGGGUGCAAUUUAUUUUACAUGUGGAAUGGUUGCUGCAACAACUGUGUUGGUAGGGUACAAGUGCAUGGAUAUUGUCAAGUUUUUAAGGAACCUUUGAUAUGAUAGAUGAUGCUAUUUUCUGACUUUA